UCCGAUAGAUCGCAUAUUGUCGAUCAUGGUGAAGGUGAGGCACGUUUUAGUUUGAAGAACUUUGGAAAGUGUUAUAGCCUUGUGUGAAGCUCUCUGACCUGCGGCUUUCAAACAGCGCUUGCGCAGAAGCCUGACAGCGUAUUCCGGCUAGUUCAACUUCGAUAGUUUGUGUAUGUUGCAGCGAUGUACUCGUGUUUGUCGUGUUUAAUGCUUGAUGCAGUGGCAUGUUGUGUUAGUUGUUUACUAUGAACGAAAGUGUGUUUUCGUGGUAUUAUAUGGUAGUGACAGUGUGAAUGCAGUAUAAUAUGUGUGCGAAGACACUCGCGAAACUGAACGAAAAGCAUCAUUCGAAUUUUGUGUAAAAUGGGAGACGGUCAGAAAAUAGAAUUUGAUUUAUCUGGCGACACUGCUCCCAACAAUGCUUUUAGAAGCUCGUUUGCUAGAUCAUUUGCGACAGAGUACAGACGCCAGAGUAAGUCACUCGACUAUGCGUAUUUUGAAGCGAUACCGGUAACUGAAGAAGAUGAAGACAACUCUCCUUGCAGUGGACCCCGUAGUUUAACAACAGAUUUAAAUAAGUCACAAUGUAACUCCAACACAGAACAAAAUAAAAUUGACCUUUCUUUGCCCGUGUUCGGCUUUCAUGACUCUCCAUUUGUUAGGCAAGCAUUCCCAACAAGAAGACAUCAGCAUCGUGAAGUCUUCAAAAUGUGGAAGGAAAAACAGGACGCACUGAAACUGGACAAGACCGAGACUUCGAAAGAUAACACAACGCAGGCAAUUACGAGAGAAGCUGCGAAUUCUUCCGAACAGGACACGCCAAACAAGAUGUCCAACAGGAAGCUACAGUCGCCUAGGGCUGUGGCUGAAGCUUUUGACGUGAACGUGUUGCAGUCGAAGGUCGAGACGCUGUCUUGGCAGCUUCGUCAGGCAGAACAGAGUCGCCAGAUGUACAAGCAAGUUAUGGAUCAAGUGGCAAAAUUCUUAAAACGUGCUCAUAUUAGUCUGGAUGCUAUACAGAAUAAAAUGGACAGCAACAUGACAUGCAGGGUUCCACGCUCGAGAAGUGUUCACACUGUCAGCGCCUCUCCUGUGAGGCAUAGUCAGAGUUCAGACUUCCCACGCACCAAGAGCAUUGCACAAAUUGAAGGAUCGCAGAGUACUAACAGUGCCUUCAAAGAUUUCACUUGGAGGCGGACAAGGAAAGUUAACGACAAUGCUGAUGAGAUCACUCCAGCAAAGUUGGCAGAAGAAGCAUUCAGAUUACUUCGUAUUGUCCAAUCCCUAAUGAAUACAAAUGAACCUGAUCUUGCCCAAUCCCUGAAUGGCUCAUUGCCAGGAAGCCAAAGAAGCAGCCUCACUGCAUCAGAUGAACUUUCGGCUUCUUUUCAUAGGAGGCUUAAUGUAGGUGAAGUUCCUAAGUACCCUGCACCAAGAAACUGUAGCUCCUUUCUGCACAGUGCCAGUGUAGAUGAUAGAAACUCACCUGAUGUGUCCUCUAUUCAUUCUAGUUCUUCCAAAAUGACAGAUGGGGCAGAUUUUGAAGGCGGAUGUUUAACUAGUGGACUUGAAGCAGGAUUUGCUGGAAGUAUUGCUAGUAGUAAAGAUACAACUACAUGCAGCAACAUUAGUAUUUCAAAGAAACAUUGCAAUGGUUGUAGUAAUCGUAUAACAGAGGCAAGCUCAGCUUCAUAUGAAUUAGUCAAUCAAGUGAAACCACAAGCUCAUCAGCUUAGUGAAGAUGAAAGUGGCUUUUCAUCAAUGAAUUCUUUUCAAGAUGUUGGUCUACCAAUGAUGCCUCCAUCAAAAUUGGAGGGAAGUUUUCAAGAAGUUGGACUUCCCGUUGUUGAAGAGACAGAAAUGAUCCAUAAACACAGACGAUGGAGUUCCAGCCCAGUGCAGUCAGCUUACUCAGCCCAAAGUGUGACAUUUCCUUCUGAAACAUUUCAUGUUUUGUGGGUGUGAACUGAUUAUUUCAAAACAAAACAGCAGCAGUGUUCUCACACUUUCCUCAAAUCAGUAACAAGAAAGGCUAUAUUUUCCAGAAGACAGCAGAUGUGGUAAACUUGACUAUUACACCCAACAUGUUCCAAAAGCGUAGCAUAAAUUAUACAGCUACCACCAUUGUUUCAAAAAGGAAUUAUAGUAUUUAUUCUGUCUCUGAUUAGUUUGACAAGUGGUAUUGAACUGUAUGAACUAAUCUUUCGAAAUCACUGUGUGUCAGUGACAGAUGAGUUUUUGUAUAGUUUUUCUUAUAAAUACUUGUAACUCAGUGUUUGCAGCUUUUAUUAUAUAUUACAUUUUUAAGUGUCUUUCUGUAACAAAAUGUAAAUUGCAUUUGCAAUAAAACAAAAAAUGAACAGUACUGUCUUGAUGCUUAUGAACAUUAAUAUAGAUAAUGUGUAGUGAAUAAUUACACUAUUAGUGAUCAAUUUGAUUUACAUUCUACAUUUAUGUUUUGUAUUUGUGCAAAUCAUUUAUGUUGUAAAUGUAUUGAAAUAACACAUUAAACUGUUUCAGUUUGGAUAUGAUAUGUAUUGUUCAUCUGUUCUCACUUUAUAAAAUCGUAUUGCCUGCAUAUAUAUAAUUUAAGUUUCGAAAUUUUGUGCAAACCUUUAAACACAAUUUUCUGCCUGGGAUAUAAUUAAAUUACUUCUGAUCAUGAGUCAGACAAAAAAUAUUGAACUUUAAACAACAAUAGUAGUCACUAGACUGAGGCAGAUGCAUGGUGUCACAAUUGCAAGGUUCUUCAAAUCACUUGACAUUGUAUGAGAAUUUGAAAUGUUUAACAAAUAUAAUGUGUUUGAGUCCACUCUCAUUUCCUAAUAAUUCCACUGUUAAGAUGCUACAAAACUUUAAAAUACACAGACAACUACAGUGUGUAACUUGUUCAACAUAUACGUAAUUCGAAAAGGUGUCAAGUUUUUGAUUUGCCACGUAGAAAUACAGGUGACUGAAUUGAAAGCUAGGAAACUUGUAAAGGAAAGCAAAUUUAUGAGAAAAUAAAUGAAACCAUGCUUGAAGUUUAGAUGUAUGAUAUUUUUAAACAGAAAACAUCACAUCACCCUUUCUGUAUCAGGUGUGCUACAUUUUCAUACUGCAGAUUGUUUUAUAUUGCAAUCACCUGCUCCAUAAAGAUACUGACAAGUAUGUGCAGUCAUCUGAUGUGUAGUGUUUUUUGUAUGGGUGUCUUUUGCACCCUGAUCUUGUUUCUAAAUUCGUAUUUGGUAGGUUCUCUAAAUUAAACAAGAUUUGUUAAUUACUGUCUAGGUUUUCUCCAGAAGCCUAUUUCUUCCCUUGUCUGUGUCUAUUGUAAAAAAUGUGCAGUAUGUUUAAUACCAGACUGAUCUUAUACAGAAAGAAAUUGACACUCUAUUUCAGCAACAAAAUAUUGUUUUAGAGUUCUGUUACUAAUUUCCCAAUAAACACUCAUGUAUUGUGUAGCCAACACGUAAGGUUUUACACUUAAGUGAAGUGAAGAGACAGCUUCUCUCUGCUUUGAAACACAUCUUAAUGGCUUUAUUGUUGAAUAGGCAGUAACUUUAAAAAGUUAGGGCUUCUAUUAAUUUGGGUUUGAAACAAGGCCAGAAUUCAUCUACCUUUCUUUUUUAUUUGUGCAUCUUCCACUAGGUAUAUAUUUUGUUAGUGUGUGUAUCUGCACCAUAGCAAUAUUAAAAUUGUUUUUUCCUGGUAAAUGUCAUUGUAAAAUACUAAAAGUGCAAAACAAAGUAUUUAGAGAUGGCAAACACAGUCACACAUCCUCAAUAGAAAUGAUAGAAUGUCCUGGUAAGCAGUUCUGCCAGAAUCAUUCUUUGGAAUUAUCAGGUUUUUCCAGUGUGGUAUGAUGCAGAACUUUCACAGUGUUAUUAAUUACGAUACAUGUGUUAAAUGAAAUUCUCGGAAUACAUUUCAGAUUACUGAUACAUUUGUAUAUAUUACAAAUUAUUUCAUUGCAAUAUUUUUUUAUUGUUGCUUCUAUCUCCCCCAUCCGCUCUCUCGGUCAGCUUCAGGAUGUUUUUCAAUGCUAUUUUCAUUAUUAUUAUUAUUGUUGUUGUUACUACUACUGCUACUACUACUACUACUACUACUACUACUAGUCCUCUAUGAUGAAAGGCACAUCUCCUCUGUAUUUCUUGUCUCUGCCAUAUGCCAAAACUUGCCUAAUUUGGAAACUUCCCCAAUGUUUCUAAAGUUGUCCAACUUUCUUGGUUCAAUAGACUCCUUAACUACAUUCUUCCAAAAUUUUGGAGUCUACAUUAUUGAUCUCCGUGCAGGGAUUAACAAUAGCUUAUGUAUCCAACUGUUCGUCACAUAUCUUGGUGGUAUUUCUUUGACUUCUCAACUGCUCAGAUGGUCUCUCACAUUUAGGACAUGAGACACACACACACACACACACACACACAUACACACACACACACACACACACACACACACACACAAAAUACAGCUUCUGUCCUAAAUGGGAAACAGUUAACAAGCUGCACUAUGAAAAAUUUGUCCAUUUCUGAGAAAAGCUUGAAAGUUAGGGAGGAAUGAAAUGGAUCUGCAAUUGGGAUGUUAUUUGGUUUAGCUCUGUUUUUAUACAUGGGCAUAACUAUUGCAUCCUGAGGUCUGUGGUGAAGUAUGAACUUCCGGAGCAACUUAUAAUUUGACUUUCAUUUCCUUUAAUGUUAAUUUUACACUGAACAAUAUACCUCAGAUUCAAGUUUUCCUUUAAAUAACAUUUGGUUACAAUACAACUCCUGAUGAUUUUUAAAGUGCUCUUCAAAUUAGUUUUCAGAUUUUCAUAAUCAGAAACCACUUGUUUCCUCCACAUGCUUUCAUCAGUGUUUUCAUGCCCUACAGGUAAAAGAUGUUCUGCUAAGCCUGGAUGGCAUCCUUUCUUUUUUGUAAGUUGUGUAAACUAUUAACCACUUUGAGGACAUGCAUUGAUACUCAAAUGCUUCAAGCUACCUAUUGGUAUUUUAUUAUUUACCGGUACAUUGUAAAAUACUCUGGAAAUUCUUCACAGACUAAGCCAGCAAAAUUUAUAUAAGCUAUAAAAAUGUGCUUUCAGUGAUAUUAUAGAAAAGGGACGAGGAGUCCUAGAAUCUUGAUUAAAGAAAUAUAAUCAUUACAGUCUACUGGCAAUUAGAUUAGGCCAUGUUUCUAUAUGUAUUGACAAACAUUGAUUUAUAGUGCAUGUCAAAAAAAUGUGAUGUUAGGGAUUUUAUACUGGUGCUGCAUAUGAUUUCAUUUACCUUUGCUUCCUUCGUGUGUUUGUUAUCAUAUGGACCAUUUAAUUAAUAUGAUAAUUGAAAGUGUUAAAAGUUCCUUUUGUCUUUGUUCUUCCUUUACUUUAUCCCAAACUGGUAUUAACUAACCAUUUAUACUGGAGACAUAUUUUACAUUUAAUGUAAAACAUAAAUACUAUUACCUGAAUGUAUUUUUAUGGAAAGAGAGGACUACUGACUUUAUAGUUGUGGAGUGUGCAUAUUUUAUGCAAAGAAUUUUCUGCAUGUACAGUUAUUUAAUUUUUAUAAUUAAGUUCUUGGAAGCAGUUGCUUCACUGCCAUCAUUAUUUUACAUACAUUGUCUAUGAGAAAUGGUUGAAUUCCUAUUUUUAGCCUUUGUUUGACUGCAAAUAUAAUUUCAUUGUUUUUUACAAUAUUGUGUGAUGAAUUUGACUAAUAUUUUGUGGGUUGCUGUAAAUAUUGCUGUAAAGACAUUUUAAGGUUCCUUCACUGUGUCAAUGUGUUUGUAUCAACGUGUGUGUGCACAACAAAUAAUAAAAAUAAAGUAACUGGAAGUAUUGAAAUGGA